AUGACCAAUAAAGCAAUAGAUAUUGGAUUUUUAGAGGAAAAAUCAAAUUGGUUAUUGCAUCCAAGAUUCUUUCCAAGUAAAGUUGGUGGAAAACCUGCUUGGUUAGAUUUAAAAAACCUCCCUAAUCCAUCAGAAUUAACGUGUAAAAGAUGCAAUGAUCCUUUAAUAUUUUUAUGUCAAGUAUACAGCCCUUAUGAAGAGAAGGAUGAAUGCUUUCAUCGCACCAUUUUUAUAUUUAUUUGCAAAAAGGGUUCAUGUUGCCAAGCAAAUGAUUCUGAUAACUUUCUGGUGUUAAGAUGUCAAAUACCUCGAAAAAAUGAUUACUAUUCAUUUGGACCAAAUGAAGCAGAUGUAGAUGAGCAAACAGAUCCACCUAAUAGUAACUUUGUUGUUACUGAAGGAGCAAAAUCUUUACUUUUUAAAGAAUGGGAACUCAUGGUUGAUGAAGAAGAUGAGGAAGAUCCCACAACUGUUGAUACAAAUCAAGAGAUGGAAAAACUAAGAAAGAUGAUAGCAGAGAAAAAAGCUGGUACAAUGGAGAAUUUAAGUGAAAAAGAAUUAGAACAAUAUACGGGUAGUAUGCCGGAGGAUAAGGUUUUUAAUAAAUUUAGCAAAAGAAUAGCUCGGCAUCCCGAUCAAGUAUUGAGGUAUGACAGAGGUGGAAUACCAUUGUGGAUUACCACAAAUACUGGAAACAGCCCUAUACCUAACUGUAAAUAUUGUAAUGGAGAAAGGCAUUUUGAGUUCCAAAUAAUGCCACAAGUACUGAACUUCAUAAAUGUUGAAAUUGAAUUCAAUAGUAUCGACUGGGGUGUGCUAGCUGUUUAUACUUGUAAAGAAAGUUGUAAUGAAGGCCCAGCAUAUAAAGAGGAAUUUUUAAUCAAACAGGACUUAACAACUUAA